AUGGAUAAAGUCAACAUUAUUAUGAAUAAUCGCUUCUUCAAUGUUGGAGUUAGAGCAAGUCUAUUACUAGGAACUGUUGUCCUCUUCGGCUACGUCGGUCUUUCUGAUAAAGUUUUUAAUCCUUAUUUCGAAAAUAAAGUUGAAAGAGUCUACUUUACAAGACCAGACUAUGCUAACAAAUCAGUGAUAUUCUACUAGAGGGAUUAACCUCAUACUAUCAGAGAAGUCUGA